GAGUAGAGAUAGGUUUGCCAAUUUAGCAACCGAAUUUCAGUCUUUAAAAAUUCCCUCCAUCUUCUUCUUCCUUAUUUCAAAACCCUAAUUUCUUCUCUGUAAAUCAAUGGCGAAUAGAAGACCAGUGCUCCGAUCUCACUCACCUUCUGGAAGAUUCCACACCUCUCCCUCAUCAAACUCCUUCGCUUCUUCAACCUCUUCAUUCUCAUCAUCCACUUCCUUUUUCAACCGAUCUGCAUCUCCCACACGUGUCAACCUCUACGGAUCAUCAUCACCAUCACCGUCCGUACGAUUCUCUUCUAACCGUUCGAUCUCCGUAACUCCGACGAACAACUCUUCACCGGCGAAGAAGCCGUUACAGGCUCCGAAACGGAUGUGUAUGUGCUCGCCUACUUCUCAUCCAGGUUCCUUUAGAUGCAGUUUGCAUAAGAACGUUAAUAAUGUCCACAACAAUACGGCGUCGUAUCCGAAUAACCGGCUUAACGCGCGGCGGUCAGCGAUGACGAACUCGCUCGUGAGAAUCGGUACUGUUGAAGGCGGUGAUCUGGUGAAGAGAGCUUUAGCAGCGUUGAUUCGACCGUCGUCGCAUCAACAGCGGCGGCGUACGGCGUUUCAGCCGAGGCCGAGUCGGUUAUCCGUUAUGAGUAAAGCUGAUUAGUCUUCAGAUGACGUCAGAUUCCGGCUAUGACUCAGCGGUUGAUGAGAUCGUACGGACGGUUGUUAUAAUUCCGGUAACUGAUUGAAAACCUGAUCUGGAUGAAUACGGUGGCGGUGAAUCAGAUUCCGGCGACGAUGAGAUCGGACGGUUAAUAGAAUUCCGGUUGCCGAAUGAUAACCUGAUCUGGAUGAUGUUAGAUUGUUCUCUCUGUUAUCUUAUCUUCUGGACCAAGUGACCGUCAUGGAGUUAUUGAACAACUUUGCCUAAGCAUUUUGGGAGGAUUUGAUGGACGAUGAAUUUAUGAGAAUUGUUUAAAAUAUUAAAAUUAAGUAAAUACAUGUGAAAUUAUGAACUCUGGUACUUUCUUAAAAACUAUUCUAUACUAACUAAGAGAAAUCUUUAACACGAAAAACAUGUAUUGAUCAAGAUAUGCAGGUAAAAUACCAUUAUUUUGAAAUUUGGUUUUAAAAUUCACCUAUUAUUACUUUGGGAGUUAUAUCCGGCUAAGAAAAGCUUCACUAGCGUUUGGUCGAACAUUCUCAAAGAAUGUCAUAGAUUAGAUAUGCAUGGUUCGUUUUUUUAAUUAGUUAAUCAAGUGUUCAGUGACGAAUGGGAGAUCGGUGAGGUUUUAGGUCGAUACAUGGACGGUCAAGGGGAGAUUGAUGGAUGCUUUUCCAUCUUUUUUAAGUUGGAAGAGAGAAAGAUGUGUAUGGUUUCUGACAUUUUAACUUGGGAGGAUAUGAUUACCUUGGUUAAUUGGUCGUGGAAGAAGGAUCCGGAGUCGGAGAUCGAGUUAAAGGAAUUGGACGAGUUGAUGGAGGUGAUUCGUCAUGUCUCGCUAAUCAAGUGUGUAGAUGAUUGGAGAUGGAAUGGGGAUGUAAACGGGUGCUUUUCAGUUGAUGCGAUUAGAAGGUGGUUAUCCGGAAAAAAUGUGGAUGAUUGAGAUGUAGUGUUCGAGUGGUGUAAAUGGUUAUCCGAUAAAUGCAAUAUCUUUAUGUGGAGAGCUUUGUUGGAUCACCUUCCUACCAAGUUGGCGCUAAGGAGAAGGAAUAUUCAUGAGGAUAAUGCAUUAUGUGUUCUUUGUGAAGAUGGUGAGGAGUCGGUGGAUCAUCUCUUUUACUGGGUGUGGUAUCUUUACGGGGGUGUGUGUGGUAUCUUUAUGGGGGUGUGGGAAGGCAUAUUAAGGUGGUGUGGUCUACCCAAUUUUUUUGCUUCUAGCUUAAAGGAUGUGGUGGAGAUACAUAAUAUGGAUGGUUUGUCUAAUCUUCGGAAGGAGAUUGUGAGAGGGGCGGUCAUUGCGUGUUGUUGGAGGAUUUGGAAAGCUAGAAAUGAGCAAAAAUUUAAAACAAACAAUGCAAAGUGGUAGAGAUUGUAGCGGAUGUAAAGGCGCUUACUUUUUUAUGGUUUAGUAAUAGGCACAAUAAUAACGAUAAGGAUUGGAAGUCGUGGACGUGGUGUAAUUUGUUUUUGAUGUAAUGUUGUAGACGGUCCCUUCUCUCCGUCUUAAAGAUUAAGUGGUUUUCACGUA